AUGAUCAACUACCACCUUCAGCUGCCCAAGAAGAUGGGUUUCAAGCUCCUGUACCCUCGGCGCCGGGGCCUCAUCUUCAAGAUCCUGGCCUUCUGCACCUUCAUCGGCUUCGUGGGCCUGUGGUUCAAGAACGACACCCUCGUGGGCGAGGAGGACGAGCUCCUGCUGGGGCGCGCCAAGGCCCGGGACGGCGGGCCCAACCACAUCCCGGCGCUGGACAAGUCGAAGACGCACAGGCCCCUGGGGCAGGUGGCGCAGCCCGACGACCAGAUCCUGCGGGUGGACGACCUGCCCGACCACGAGCCCGUCAGGGAGAUCCGCGUGCCCGCCCCGGGGGUCGCGAAGGACCCGCAGUUCCAGGCGCCGGCGCGCCGCAGGAACCUGCCCAGCAACGAGGACAUGAUCGAGCGCAUGAAGGCAGACCGGAUGUUCGCCGAGGACGAGGCCAAGGUGGUGCGAGGCCUGGGCGAGGGCGGGCGGCCCGUGUUGCUGACGGGCGAGGAGGGCAGGCGCGCCGAGGAAGUCCUCAAGAAGGAGGCCUUCAACCUGGUGGCCAGCGACAAGAUCUCGCUCAACCGCAGCGUCCCCCACUCCAGGGACCCACU